AUGCCAUCCAACGAAGCCCUUGCACCCUUCUCUCGGACCUUCCGUGUCCUUAUUAUCGGUGGUUCCUAUGGUGGUCUGGCUGCCGCUUUGACCCUAGCCGACCUUGCCCGUGGGAAGGCUGCUCGUUUUAAUUAUAACCCGGAUGCCAAAGCUCCUCAGGCUCGUCUUCCUAUUCAGAUUACCGUCGUUGAUGAGCGAGAUGGAUACUACCACCUCAUAGGAUCUCCCAAAGCCCUGGCCUGCGAAAAGUUUGCCCCCAAGGCAUGGACCCGAUUCGCAGACAUCCCGGCUCUUAAGGCUCCUAAUAUGGAGUUUGUCCGGGGCAGCGUCACCUCCAUCGAUCCGGAACGAAAGGUGGCCCAGAUUCUCGAAUUGCAGUCUCAGCAAACCCGACACGAGCAGUAUGACUACCUCAUUGCUGCUUCGGGACUGCGACGCGUCUUUCCUACCGUUCCUCAGUCUCUUUGCAGAGAUGACUUUUUGAACGAAGCCAAGUUGCAUAGGAAGAACGUUCAGGACGCGCAAGAGGGAGUGGUUAUUGUUGGUGGUGGCGCUGUCGGCGUGGAAAUGGCCACAGAGAUCAAAGAACUCAAUCCGAACCAAAAGGUAACCUUGGUUCACUCCCGGAACCGUCUACUUUCUGCAGAGCCACUGCCAGAUGACUUCAAGGACCGUGUAUGCGAUAUCCUGCGGGAGACUGGCAUCGAAGUCAUCCUUGGUCAGAGAGUCAUCGACCACAAAGCAGUCGAAACCAAUGACGAAAGACGCACCUGGCAUCUCACCCUGGCCGAUGGCACGCAGCUCAAGGCGGGACAUAUCCUGAGCGCCAUCUCCAAGUGCGUUCCCACAUCGACAUACCUGCCACAGGAUGCACUUGAUCAAGAAGGCUACGUGCACAUUCACCCUACAUGUCAAUUCCAAAAUAACAUGCCCAAUGCAGAGCACCACUUCGCUAUCGGUGACCUUGCCUCCUGGCCGGGUAUCAAACGUUGCGGAGGCGCUAUGCUCCACGGCCACUAUGCCGCUACAAAUGUCCACCAACUCAUGCUUUCCGAAUGUAUUGGCAGCAAGCCUGAGUUCAUGUCCCUUCAGGUGUCACCACCAAUGAUCGGACUCUGUCUGGGUAAGACGGCUGUCACGUACAACAACAUCGAGGGGACACGCUCAGGUGAGGACCUGAUGGCUUCUAUGUUUGGUGAUGAUAUGGGUAAUACCGUAUGCUGGAACUGGAUGCGGCUGAGUGAGCCAUGCCAGGCAUGA